CUGAUAUGCCUCCUAAAGAUUGGAUAUAACACCCCCUUUUUAUACAUAUUUUUCCUCAUAUACCCACACAUGUCCUGUGACCAUAUUUAGAUUGCCUCCCAGCCCUCUGUCCAUGUAUGGCAUUCCGGGGAACCAGACGCGGGGUUCUGAUUGUUCAUUCUGAUUGGACAUCCAGACAUCAAAAUGAGCCUGAGAUUUUAGUCCGGAUGGAAGGAGACACAGCUGGAGUAGAGGAAUACUUCACUGUCCUAGACGGAGUAGAGCCUUGGCAACUGCAGUCCAAUGGAGAAGCAGAGAGCUGUUUUUCCUGGAUACGACACUCCAGGUCUGUCAUACAGACUCAAGACAGACAUAGUGAGAGGAAGGAGAGGACGUUUGGACUAUGGGUGUCUAUGCAAGUUAUUUCCACAAGAGCGAAGAAGAAAUGCUUAUAGACCAGACAGAUCCUUCUCAGGCAAACUGGAUUACAGCACACGCGGAGGCCUGCAAAAUGACGGUCCCAGAGGUGCAGAGAUGCUGGAGUCGAUUCCUCAUGCUGCGGCCAGAUCAGAAAGGAAACAUGUCUCGAGCUCAGCUUGCAAAUGUGACAGAUACAUUUGGCCACAAGAUGAAGACCAGAUAACAUUCCAAGCCUAUUGUAGUGCUGUGUGCUGGCUGUCGAGGAGCCCUCUGGAAACCAGAUUUAGAGGAUUAUUUCAGACCAUGACGUCUGGCACCAUUGGCAAGGAACAGCUGCAGACUCUGCUGCAGAACCUGUACCCCAGAGAAGACCCAAAGACCAUUCAGGAACUUGCCACGCUUUACCUCAGUGAAGUAGAUAAAAGAAAUCAAGGUUGUAUUGAUGAAGAACAGUUUGCUACUUGGAUGAAAUCCUUUCCACAUCAUAUGUUGACAUCAGUGAUGCAUUUUCCAAUUAUACCAUCAAAGAUCACUCUUCUUGAGGAACUACAGCCAUCUUUUCCUACAGCAGCUGUGGCUUUCAAGGACCGAUCAGGGAUGGAUGCCAAGCAGCUGGUGACAGUUGCAGCGGAGAUGUCCCUUAAGCGCAGAGACUGGAAGCGCUUAGCAAACAAUUUAGGACUUGUGGAGAAGGACUGCUUCCGUCUGGAGCAGGAGCAUUUGGAUGUGAAGAGUCAGAUCCUGGCAAUGUUGCAGAUUUGGCUUAGGACCUGUCGAGAAACCCCCCUUCCUCUCUUGAAAGCAGCGCUGAGACUCAGCGGCAACACAGACAUUUGCAAUGAAGUGUUUUCCUUGAACUUCUGACUCUUUCGUGUGGUCAGCAUGGAAAUUAGAGAGAAGUACAAACGUUGCACUUCAAAAAGUGGUGGAACCUCACGGCCAUUCUUCUUGGGAGAGCAAACAUUGUAAUGGGACAGGGCAUCCAAAUCUCGUGGCAACGGCUUUGAAAACUGAGUUGUAAUUUUUAUAUUAAACAUGAAUUUGCUAGCUA